UAUUUAUAUAAAUAUUAAUGUUGCGCAUUAAACCAUAGAAUUAGAUUGUCAUCAAAUUAAUCUCUAUAAUAAAUGUUGGGCUUCUAGUCAAAUUGUAUGCAAAUUAUUGCAAGUUAUAUAUCUUGCUGACUAAUUUUUGCAUUUAAGUCAGAGAAAUUAUUUAUUUGCAUGUUACGUCAAGAGUUUAUUGAACUAUACUCACGUGAAAUUUUGAUUAAAAAUUGUCUCAUGAAGACAGAAUUUUCUCUGUUGUAAUAACACCAUGAAGCAGGGAUUAAACUUUGCGUUCUUUUUUAGCUUUUAAUUAAAAAAUUCUAAUUUAAUUUUUUUAAUGGCAAUUUUUUCCUGGCUUUUACUCAGGCGAAUUGCCAUGCCAAUAUCUUUUUCAAUCCUUAAAUCGUAUUGAUUAUGACUAAUGGAAUUUCAACUAUGUUUUCUUCGCUGGAAAUGCAAGAUAUCUAUCUGAACGAUUAGGUGCAAUAAUGUGCUUCAUUCAAGAAAUCUAAGAAUUAUAGGAAUUUAUACGAUACAUUAACACAACAGGUGAAAGUUAAUUUACAUUGAAAAACCUUAUUUAUCUGGAAUCAGAAAAAAUUUCUGGAUGAUCGAUACGGCAGUGAGGAAGAAGAAAUAUAUUUUUAUGCGGUAUCUUUUUGUGAUGCGUAUUCGCGAAGAAUGUGAAGCACGAAAAACAUGUGCGGUGACCUUCAAGAAAGACGACCUUUCCGUGAGCAUUUCUGAUAGUCGACCGGUCCCAAUGGACACAUGUAGCAUCUAAAACUCUUUCGCUGGUAUAACCGGUAUGAUGGAGUUAGCCGCGUGCUGCACACUCUCUCGCUCUCAGUGUGAACCGGUCUGGCGAAAGAACGAGGUGAUGUGAUCGACGUUCGCCACCGAGCAUUGUCUCGUACCGUAAACGCGUAAUUGAGCUUAAAUACGGCAACAGGUGGAGAUGGUUGAUAAUCUCAGCAACAAAUUCGUAUCGUUCACAUCAGUAAAAGAGAUGGAAGGAACCGAAGAAAAAGUGCUAAAAACUAUUCCUAUGUUGACACGCACGAGCGCGGCCUCCUUGUUCUUAGCUCGACUAAAGAGCAGACGUUCAUCGCCUAAGCAAGAGGACAGCGAGCUUGAGAAUGAUCGAGUCGCUCAAUGCGAAUCGCCGUCACUGCCCGACAACUCGUUAAGUCCCAUAUGUUCCACGGAGGAUUACUCCAUCAUCAGCGAACGUGCCUCUUCCGAGGUCGAUCGCACUUCCCUGCGCAUCAACGAAGAUUUCAUCAGAAAUAUUCUCCUGGAACACAAGAGGCGUAUGGGCUACAAAUCGCAAGUCUGGGAGAAUCUGGAAUCGUGCAGAACGGACGAGAUGGCCUUCGCGGACGUCAAGUCCAACGAAGUCAACGUCUUGCUGCUGCAUGCGUGUUUCAACGGUCACACGAGUCUCAUUCAUUGUUUGUGCAAAUCCGGUGCCGAUGUCAACUACACCGAGCCCGAUCACGGGCUCACCCCGUUGCACCUGUGCGCGUUUCGGAAUUGUCUGGACGGAGUCAAGUACCUGAUGGAGCAGGGCGCGAGCGUCGACACCAAGUCGAAGCACACAUUGUUCCAUUACGCCGCCUUCGGCGACGCCUUCGAUGUCGCUCAGUACCUCGUGCAACGGGGUGUCAGUCAGCUGUCCCCGUACGACGCGGAGGAGACGGUGUUGCACGUGGCCUCGCGAACCAACGCGCUGCGCGUGCUUUCUCUACUGGCGCCGAACAACAGGGAGCUGGCGCGUUUGGAUCAGGACGGAUACGCCGCCGUUCAUCACGCGGCCGACAGCGGGGACAGAGCUUGUCUGGACGUACUUCUGAAAGCCGGCUGCCCGGUGGAUUUGCCCAACGGAAAGAAGGACACCGCGUUGCACCUGGCCGCGGAAGCCGGCUGCGCGGACAACCUGGCUCUUUUGAUCGAGGCGAAGGCUAAUCUCCAGCUGAAGAACCAUCGGGGCCACACGGCCCUGCAUUUGGCCGCUCGCUCGCACUCUCUCGAGUGCGUGGAGAUCCUCCUGAAGGGUCGCGCGGAUCCCAACGUGACGGACGACGAGGGUCGGACGCCGCUGCAUCUGGCCCUGGGCAAGUCUCUGAUGACCGACGACAUCACCGAGCUCCUGCUGAAAUGGCGGGCGGACGUGAACAAGGCCGACAAAUACGGUUACACGCCGCUGCACAUCGCCGCCUCGAACGAGCUGUCGCAGUGCGUCAACCUGCUGAUAAAAUACGAGGCGGAUCUAAGUGCCAGGACCAUCGGCGGCAACAGCGCCCUGUCCGUCGUUCUGCGCAAGACCCCGACGUCCCUGGACGUGUUCGAACGCAGGCUGGACAAGUCUCUGACCCUGAACCGGCACGGGUUCAUCGCGGGCGAGCUCGAGCUGCAGCUGGACUUCCGUCCGUUGAUGCAGCACCGACGGAACCGGCAGAUUCGCUCGCCCGAGAUCGGUUAUCUGAACACCUUCGUGAAGGAGGGCUACAAGGAGAUCCUGGAGCAUCCCCUGUGCCAGUCCUUCCUCCAUCUCAAGUGGCACAAGAUCCGGAAGUACUACGCCGCCAGAUUGCUCUUCUACCUGAUAUACGUGCUGAUCCUCACGAGCUGGGUGAUAACCGCCCUUGCACACAACUGUUACAACGAGUCCAAGGGCGACGUGCACGAUCCGCCGUUGUGCGCGAACGCGAACGGGAUCUACGGGUUUCUCUACAGACACCCCGCGCUUCUCGAGGCUCAGUGGUACACGCUGCUGGUGCUCACCAUGCUCGAGGCCUUUCGCAAGUUCACCGUCAUUCCCAGUUACCGGUCGGUCAGACAGUUCUUCACGCAGAUGGAAAACCUGGUCGAGUGGUGCGUGAUACUGAGCGUCUUCGCCACCUCUUUCGUGUACACGGGAAAAACGUACGUCUGGCAGAGUCACCUGGGCGCCUUCGCCGUGCUCUGCGGUUGGAGCAAUCUGAUGCUGAUGAUCGGCCAGUUGCCGGUGUUCGGCGCUUACGUCGCCAUGUUCACCAGCGUGCAGGCGCAAGUGUUCAAGCUGUUGCUGGCCUACGCCUGCCUGCUGGUGGGCUUCACGGCGAGCUUCUGCGUGAUCUUCCCACACUCGAAUUCGUUCAGCAGUCCGCACACGGGUCUCAUCAAGGUCCUCGCGAUGAUGACCGGCGAGUUGGGCUUCGAUUCCUUCAUCUCGUCCGAGAAGGGUAGCAUCUACGAGACUAACGAAAGAUCCUGGAUCCUGCUGCAUAUCUCGGCCCAGCUCUUCUUCGUGCUGUUCCUCCUGUUCGUCACGAUUGUCCUGAUGAAUCUGCUGAUCGGCAUAGCCGUGCACGAUAUCAAGGGCCUGCAGAAGACGGCCGGUCUCGCGAAACUCGUUCGCCAAACGAAGCUGAUCCACGACGUGGAGGCCGCGAUUUUCCUGGGAUUCAUGCCGUCGAAGCGCUUCAUCAAGUGCAUGCGCUGGACCGCGCUGUUUCUGCCGUCACCCUUGCGAGCCGUUCUCAACGUUCGUCCGCUGAACCCCCGUGAGAAGAGAUUGCCGCGCGACGUCCUCGCGGCCGCCUACAAAAUAGCCAAGGAGGGAGACGGACAGAACAAUUUUGCCGUGUCGCGCAGAAAAACUUACACCGCGGCCUACCACGCGAAAGCGGGUCUCAGAGGCGACGUGACCACCGCGAGUCGCCGUCGUGGCCUCGACGACGACACGCUGCAGCACGAUUGCAACAAGUUUAAAGACGAUAUCGCGGAGCUCAAGGAGAUUUGCGAGAAAAAUCAUACGCUCCUUCGAGAGCUCAUAAAAGCGCACAGUGGUAAAAUAAAUAAGAUAGUAAACUUAUUCUCAAUCGUAAUUAAGUUAAUUCGAGCGAGUAUGUGCGAGAAUGACCGAGAUUCGUUGGGAGAGAGUGCCAAAGUAAGGGCCUUCGAGACGAACAGUCUGAAGAUACCGACUAUUUCGAACGAGGGUGAACAUUUUUAUUCCAGAAGCUUCAACAGUCGUCACAAAAGCGAUCCGUUAUCUGUGAGAUUGGCUUCCACUUACAGGUCAUUAAGAUGCGCAUAUGCAGCGGAGGAUUAUCCGCAAAAAAUCGCGAUCGAUGAUGACGAUGCAACCGUGUCGAAGACGCUGGAGAACGAUCGGCUCGAGAUCGACGCCGGUGAACCGCCGCCGGUCGACGACUCUCUCUUCUUCGACAAUCUGGAAUGCUGCAAGAAUCACUACGUGAACGGCGCCAAAUUGAGAUCGGCUGUAUGGUCCAUCGUCGACACGACGGAGACGAGGGUGCUGCUGCACAUGGAGAAGAGUCGCGCGCUACUGCCGAACGCGUUCAAAAGCGAGAGACUGCGGAACGUCGCCUACAUCUGGGCGUCCUAUCGCGGUCUGCUGCACCUUCUGCCGGAACUGGAGAACGCCGGGGCGCAUUACGACUACGUCGAGCCGCGGACCGGGGUGAACGCCAUCCUCGCGGCCUCGCUGGGCGACAGGGUCGCUUGCGUGGAGUACCUGAUCGCGAAGGGUGCCGACGUGAAUUACGAGAGCCUCGUCAGCCGUUACACGCCGCUUCACUUCGCGGCGCUCGGCAACGGCUGGCGCGCCGCGGCCGCGUUACUGGAUCACGGCGCCAAGCUCAAUUACACCUGCCAGGAAGUGGUCGAGCCCGUUCUGCACAGCGCGGUGCGCGCGAAGGCGGUGGAGACGGUGAAGCUGCUGCUCGAGCGCGGUGCCAGCGUCGUCGAGAAGAAUCACCUGGGCCAGACGCCGCUGCACGUGGCCUGUUUCGUGCAGUCGAUACCGUGCGUCGAGCUGCUCGCGGCCAGCGCGCCCAACGCCGUCGACAGGGAGCACAGGACGCCCCUGCACUUCGCCGUGAUGAGCACGGACUCGUCCGCCGAGCUGGUGCAGGUGUUGCUGAAACGCGGCGCCUUGGCGAACGCGGUCGACCGGACCGGUUUCACGCCCCUGCACAUCGCCGCGCUGAACGAGCAGUCGCGAUGCGUAGACGCGCUCAUCUGGGCGGGCGCCGACAUCAGUGCGACCACGUGCACCGGGCUGUCCGCUCUGAAUAUUAUACUGAAGAAGAUCCCGGAGUCCCUGCUCGUGUUCCGACAGCGGCUGGACGCGUCCAUCAAGCUGACCCGACCGGUGUCGCAUAAUCGCGAGUUCGAGAUGCGACUGCACUUCGACAUUCUCUUUCCCAGCGGUAAUCGGUGCGAGACCAGCUUCAUAAACACCUUCGUGCAAGAGCACCGGAAGGACCUGCUGUCGCAUCCGCUGGUCAUGGCCUUCCUGCACCUCAAAUGGGAGAAAAUUCGAAAGCUCUACUUGCUGAGGAUAUUCCUGUACGCUCUGACGGUGAUAUGCAUGACCACUUACGUGCUGACUGCAUUAGCGUACAAGUGUUACAAUCAAAACGAAGCCAACAGCUCGAAGAUAUGCGGCAGCAAGCUGGCGUCCGGCUUCCUCUUCCGGCGACCGAUCAUCGAGAUCGAGUGGUACCUCGCGCUGGUUCUGACAUGCAUCACCAUACCGAGAAAAAUAUUCGGCUUCAUGGUCUACAAGUCGGCGUUGCAGUACUUCUCCAGUAUCGACAACGUGCUGGACGGCGUGGUGAUCGUGAGCGUGUUCGUCACGUCCUUCGUGUACACCGGGCGCACCUACGACUGGCAAAACUACGUCGGCGCGUUCGCCAUUCUCUGCGCCUGGACCAACCUGAUGCUGAUGGUGGGCCAGUUACCGGCCUUCGGCACCUACGUCGCCAUGUUCACGCACAUCCAGUUCGAGUUUGCCAAGCUUCUGCUUGCGUAUUCCGGCCUGCUGAUCGGUUUCACCAUCAGCUUCUGCGUGAUAUUCGCCAGCGAGCCCGCGUUCGGCAAUCCUUUCACCGGCUUGAUCAAAGUCCUCGCUAUGAUGGCCGGUGAAUUGGACUUCGAGGGACUCAUCAGUCAAGUGGAUGACGAAUCGUCGGCCGGCUCCUUCAUCAUUUAUCAUCCUCUGUCGGUGUGCUCGCAAAUACUUUUCACGCUGUUCAUAGUAUUCGUCACCGUGAUACUGAUGAACCUGCUGGUCGGUAUCGCCGUACAUGAUAUACAAGGUCUGAGGAAUCACGCGGGGCUCACGAAGCUGGUGAGGCAGACGAAAAUGAUCCUGUUCACGGAAAUGGUGCUGCACAACACCACAAUUCCGUACGCCUUCCGGAAGUGGAUGUCGGAUCACAAGAUCAACGUGGAGAAUAGGAAACGAAUUCUCGUGGUGAAACCGCUUAAUCCCCUCGAGAAGCGAUUGCCCAAGGAUAUAAUGACUGCCGCUUAUGAGUUGGCGCAGAAGAACAUUCCCUCGUCUAUGAAUGACGACAUCAAUCUGAGCGAUCACGCCGUUUGGUUGAAACAACGACAGAAGAAUGAGUUCUCCGAUGCCGCCUUACAAACGACGCUCGAGAAACUGAUCGCUAUGAUGAAAGUAAACGAAGACGCUGUAAAGUUGCUGAGAGUACAACUGCUAGAAAUGAACAAGACGCUGAAAAAUGUCGCAACAACGUUAGCAAAAGAAGAACAUACCUCGUUUUGAUUCGGAUGAUUCAAUAUUGAUCAUAUUCCCAUUAUUUUUUACAAACAUGACUGAUAAAGUAGAUAUCGAAGUCACAAUUAAUGGUGGGGGGCCUACUGGUCAGUCGGGC